GGAAGGUAAAAGGAACGGACCCAGUCUUUACUGUGUUGUUUGGUCAGAGAAUAAAAUUGAGGUAGAAGUUGAAGAUCUCAAGGAUCCGGUUUAUUUAAUUUCAGAAUAUUUUCUGCAGCAUUAACUGACGCUUUAAACUACAGUUGGAGACUCCGACGUAACGUGAAUACUGACGCUUGUUCGUUUCUGUCCUCUGUGGAGACCAGUUCGCCGGAGAGGAAAUAACAAAGACUUGUUAUCGAGGGUAGCCUCGUCGGGAAGGAAGGAAUGACAACAUGCGUGACGCUGCCAAGAUGGCGACGGUGGGAACGCCCAAUGAGCUUCAGUUCAGCUCUUCAGAAACCUACGAGUGACGUCCCAGAGGCUCCUUCCAUCUUGUAUAUACAGUCUAUGGUCAGGAUAAGUGAGACAUAGUGUUCCUUGUAAACGAAGUCUGGACCUAGAUUCCCAUCUCAUUAAAGAGGAACUAUGGCCCAAUCAGGAUGGAAAGCAGUUGAUGAUGGGAUGGUGGAGAGUGUCACCAGUUUACCGAUGAUGAUGAUGUCGACUCUGAAGAGUGAAGAUGAUGAUGAUGAUGAUAAAGAACUUCAGCCUUGGUCAUCUUCACUCCAUCUUCAUCAAACCAAAACUGAGGGCAACACAGAGGAAGAGACUCCAACCACCAACUCAGCUAAACAGAUUAAAUCAGAAAAUGAUGGAGAAGACUAUGGAGGGCCCGAAAUAACCAGUAAUCCAGACCCAAACAUUUGUUUACAACCAAAUAGUGACAGAAAGGCUUCAGGCUCUUCUGAGAUACAUUUGUCACAUUUUGGACCUGAAAUGGAAGACGGUGAUAAAAGCUGGAAUGACAACAAGGCACAUGGAUCAGGUGUAAACAGUGAUGUGGAGUCUAACACGGCCAAAAAAUCACCAAGCUGCUCUGAAUGUGGUGAAGAAUUUCACGACCAACGAUCUCUCCAGAGACACUUAACAAAAAGGUCUUUGAGCUGUUUGAACAGAAAGAAAUGUUUUAAAAGGAUACAACAUGUAAAUAUCCAGGAAAGAGUUCACACAGGAAAAAAGGCAGUUCAAUGUGAUGUUUGUGGUAAAAUCAUUAGUCAUAAGGUAAAUCUGAAGAUGCACAUGAGAAUCCACACAGGAGAGAGACCAUUCAGCUGUAAUGAAUGUGGACAAAGAUUUAGUCAAAAUAUACACUUACAGCUACACAUGGCAAUCCACACAGGAGACAGACCAUUCAGCUGUGAUGUAUGUGGACAUAGAUUUAGUCGAAAGGGGCGCUUAAAGGAACACGUGAAAAUCCACACAGGAGACAGGCCAUUCAGCUGUGACGAAUGUGGACGAAGAUUUAGUCGAAAGACACUGUUAAAUGAACACAUGAGAAUCCACACAGGAGAGAGACCAUUCAGCUGUGAUGAAUGUGGACAAAGAUUUAAUCAAAAUUCACAUUUAAAACAACACAUGAGAAUCCACACAGGAGACAAACCAUUCAGCUGUGAUGAAUGUGGACAAAGAUUUAGUCAAAAGACGACUUUAAACCGACACAUGAGAAGCCACACAGGAGACAGACCGUUCAGCUGUGAUGAAUGUGGACAUAGAUUUAGACACGAGACAGGCAUAAACCAACACAUGAGAAUCCACACUGGACAGAGACCAUUUCCCUGUGAGGUUUGUGGUGAAUUAUUUAGGUGGCGUCGCACUUUAAAAGCACACAUGCGUCUCCACACAACAUAGAAGAAGCACAGUUGCAGGACUUCAAUGCAAAUCUGUAAAUAAUGUGUUGUUUACAGUGUAGAUAUGUGCUGGUUAAAAGAUCUUCAGGCAGUAUUUCAUGUAAGUCACCCAAGAAAGACUCACCCGAAAGUCAGACUCAAACUAAAACCAUCUCUUAACUGGGUCUCAACUUGUUCUACAAACGCAGCUCAGCUUUAUUUAAUCCAGACUAAUUCCAGACAGACUUGAACAAAGGUCUCAUUCUCUUUGUCUUUUGCCCCGUACUUACUGACCACAAAACAAUUCUCCUAAAAAGUAAUAUUACCAGUGAAGUUCACAAAGUCUUUCAGCCACUGGAAAUUAAACAGUUAAUUCAGCUUUCAGUUCAGUUUUAUUUGUAUAGCGUCAGUUUACAUCAUUAUCUUAGGGCGCUUUACAGACAAUCCAAUUCAAGCCAAUUUAUUGUCAUCCAGUCUGUAUUCAUACAAGCCAAUUUCUAAUAAAUAACAGCCUAGUUAAGGAAAACCAACAGAUUGCAUCAAAUCUUGACUUUGUUUAAUUCCCCUAUCCUGAGAGCACAUGGAGCAGUGGGUGACAGUGGAAAGGAAUAAUUCCCUUUUAACACGAAGGAAGAACCUCCAGUAGAACCCGGCUCAGGGAGGACGGCCAUCUGCCUCGACCAGUUAGGUUGGAGAGGACAGGAAAGAGAGACCAACAGACAAUGCAGCUUUUAGCCAGGAAUACCUGCUGAGAAAGGAGAAAUGCGUUAAUGAUGCAAAUACUAUCAUGACUUACAUACUUGAAAGAUAAGGAGCAGAGAGCAGAGCACUUGUCAUGGAUAAGUAAAUCUGAGUAUCAUCCGCAUAGCAAUGAAAGUUUAUAUCAUGCUGUCUAAUGAUAUCACCUAAGGCAGUGUUUCCCAAUCCAGGUCCUUGGGACCCCCUGCGCUGCAUGUCUUAGACGUGUUCCUACUCCAACACACCUGAUUCAAAUUAAUUAACUUCCUCAUCAAGUUCUUUGCAUCCUGUUAACGAGCCAUUCAUUUAAUUCAGGUGUUAAAGUAGGUUUACAUCUAAAACAUGCAGGGCAGGAGGUCCCGAGGACCUGGACUGGGAAUCACUGACCUAAGGGAAGCAUGUACAAUGUAAAGGUAUAAGUGCAAGUACAGAACCCUGAGGGACUCCACUACUUACUCUGGUGUAUGAGGAAGACUCAUUUACAUAAACAAACUUAAAUCUAUCAAACAUCACUUAAACCAGCCUCAUUCUGUUUCUUUAAUCCUAAAGUUCAAGCCUCUGUUGCAGAAUGUUGUGAUCAGUGGUGUCGAAUACAGCACAGAGAUCUAACAUGAUAUGUACAGACAGGAGUCCUUUAUCUGAAGCUGUUAAAAGAUCAUUGGCAACUUUUACCAGUGCCGUCUCUGUUAAUUAUUAUCCAACAGAGAAUUUACUAUAUCUGCCAAAAGACUUAUUGAAAAAUACUGGAAAAGGCUAAAUCAUACACUCAUUGGUAAAAACAAAUUGGGAGUUACUGAAAUAUUAAAUCAGAAAUUUGCUAUUGACUUGAGCAAGAAUUCAUACGUUAAAAAUGUUGGAUGAUGAUGAUGAUGAUGACAUCACAUACUGACAAACUUCAAGAAGAGGUGGAUGAUAUCUAUGAGGAUUCUACAGUUCUAUUCUACAUGAGGAUAGAGCCAAGGGAGCCUUGAUCCAUUCAAGACUGAAAUGGAUUAAAGGGGGAAUGUUUAUUUUUUCAGUAUGGAAUAGGGCUGCAAUGAUUAGUGGACGUUGUCGGCAAUAGUCAACCAUAAAAAUAGUUGAUAACAAAUUUACCCGUCGACUAUUGUCGGCAAAAACAACAACAAAAAAAAAAAAACUACAGAGUGAGACAUCGUCUUCUUUCCUAU